AAUGGCAGGUCCUUAUGCGAGAGUCUGCGUGGCUGCCCUUGUCUUCAUUCUUAAUCUAACAGAUGCAAAAACAAUACAAGGCAGUGAUGUCAUGUUUGCUUGUGGUCUUCCAUGCACGUGCUUUGGGGCUUCUAUAAUGAAUUGCUCAUAUGGCAAACUGUCAACAAUUCCAACUUAUGUACAGCCACAUCUGACAACACUUGAUGUGAGUCACAACCAUAUUAAUCAUUUCUCAUGGCCAGAACUGAAAGAAAUAUGGAGAAUUACACACCUUAAUCUUAGUUACAAUAACAUAUUUGAUGUUACUCUAAGCACGUUAAGCAUGUUAUAUUUUUUGGAGGUCUUAGACAUUGGCAACAACAACCUCCAGCACUUUUCAAUGGAUAAAUUUAAAUUUAAACAGCAGUCAAAGUAUCCUUCCCAAAAGGAAUCAAUAGAUUACUUACUUCCUUACCUUAAAGAGCUACUUCUAGAAAAGAAUAACCUUUCAACUGUGCCAAAAGGACUGGGAAACCUGCAAAGGCUGCAAACAUUACAGCUGUCCAACAAUAACAUAUCUACUAUUGGUCCAGAUGACUUUUGGGGGUGUAGUAAUGUACACGAGUUGUACCUGCAGAAUAACAAAAUUAAUACAAUCCACAUAAGGGCCUUCAUCGAUCUAAAGGAGCUAAAGGUUCUGAAUCUUAGCACCAAUGCCCUGAUAACCAUUCACCCGGUGCUUUUUAUUGCCAUAAAUAAGCCACAAUUUCAGAUCGAUCUCUCAGGCAAUGGCUGGAUUUGUGACUGCAGACUCCUGCCUUUCAAGAAAUUCCUGUCUGAUCCAAGGAAUAAAAUAUGGCACAUUGAAUGUACAGAGCCUUCCAACCUCUCAGGACAACCUCUUGGAUAUGUGGAAGAAUUCUGGCUAACCUGUGAUGUUUCAGGGCAGGAUUUCAUUUCACUUUAUGAAGUAACAAUACUGGAAGGGGAGAGUGCCAUCCUUCAUUGCACUGCAGAUGAAAUUCAAGAUAUUACCUCAACAUACUGGCAGACACCACAGGGGAUCAUAUCAUGUAGUCAUACACAUCCAGACAUGAACAUUGAUAAAAGACACAGCUUAACAAUUACCAGUGCUCAAAAAUCAAUUGAAGGGCUAUAUCUGUGCACAUCUAAUGAAAUUGUAACAGGGCAAAUUAUUAUCUAUGAUGUCCAUAUCCAAACAGAAAAUACUGACGCUUCUGCCAGGCACACUAGAGAUGUCAAAUCUGUAGCAAGAGAAGGAAGGACGCAAAAUGAGUUUACCAUGGCCAUUUGCCUUUCUAUUAUUAUAACAUUUAUUUGUGCUUUCUGCCUUGGUGCAUUUGUCAGACCUUUCAUUGAGCCAUUAUGGAGCAAAAUACGUAGACGUAAGUCAUCUGUAAAUGAGUAUGAAAAUCACGGCUUUUCAGAAGAGUCCACGACACGUGAAGAGAAAAAAGAAGAACAGCAGCACAGCAAAACACGGGCUGCACUGGUCCAUAGCACUGAAGACGUCUUUGUUAAUGCACCAUCUGAGCAUGCCUGCAGUAGCGCUAAGGAAACAUCUGUCUUACGAACAGAAUAUAAAAAGUGUCAAAAUAGCAAUACAAAUGGUAUAAAUCAGGAAAUACAUUUCAGCAAAACCCAAAAUGACAACAGCAACUUAUUUUAUAGUGAGCAAAUGCAGACAUAUGAUAGGCCAGCAGUAUUAGUAGUUAAGCAUGGAAUAGAAAAUAGCUGGAGUGCUGACAUGAGUACAACAGACAGUGUGCCCAGCACAUUAAAAGUGGUGCCACAGGUAAAUGAGGAUUCCAUUAAUCAAAAAACUUUACAUGUCUCAUCACAUGGCACGGAAAGUCAGACUGGAAAACAACCACACAUGACAAAAUAUCCAGGCCUAUUGGACGACUCAUCAGAUGCCAAGAUGUUUACUGGGCAUACCGCAGGAUCAUGGUCUAGUGAUGUGUCACAACUCUAUGGCCAAGAUUUACAGAAAGAACAUAUCUGUGCAUUAAACAAUGAUGAGACAACCAUUCAAGGUAUGAUUGAUGAAAGAGCAAACUUCCAGGAGCUUAAAAAUGACAUCCCUAUUAGCAAAGAAAAUACAUCUGAAACAGGCAGUUUGAACAGCAAGUUUCAACAUACACCAACUGAGUUUCAGAACUGCAUAACCACUGAUGUAAGCACACAGCUUCCAAGAGUGAAUGAGGAGGCUUCUUCAGCCUAUGCUGAUGGUCCAGGUAUUAGUGACUUAUGGUUAGAUGCUUCUGCCAGUAAAGGAUUAUUAACUUCCUCACAAGGACUUGGAGAAACAGUUCAUGAAGAUGCUAUAAAUAGCUCCUCUUUGAAAGUCAAUUUAAUAACCUCAGAACCCGAGAAUGAAAAUCAAAGGAUUGUUUUAGCCAAUAUAAAUAUAGAGGACAUAAAAGACCGUAAUUAUUAUAUGAGCCAGACAGACCAAAAGUCGGUUGGUACUCAAGCAUCUGUAGAUUCAGCUUAUAAUGACUUAAGACAUAAUGAGGAAUAUGGUGCAACAAAUGGGGUCACAAUUUCAAAAAAUGACAUCUUUCCAGAAAGCAAUGUUUAUGAGGAAAUGAAUUUCAUGCAGAUGCAGGAAUCAUUCUUGAUGACAAAUACUGAAAGUUCAGAACAUUCCAGUGACCACAAAGCAUCUGAUCGAGUAAAUAUCCAAAGUGACAGCAGCUACACAACUGAAACCAGAGAAUACUUACACAGUGAAGGUAAAGAUCUUUAUGCAUCCUCUUCUAAGGACGUUGACAUUCAACUGUCACCAGAUGAUAAGUACCUUCUCAAAGCACAACAUAAUGAGAAUGCAUGGGAAAGUCAAGUGAAACACAAUAAACUGAGUGACACUGAGUUACAAUAUCAAGAUAACAUGUCAAGUAAGUCAGCUCCUGCUCAGUGGGAGACAUUUGCAUCAGAAGAGUUAAGUGCACAGCAGGCUAAUGCAUCUACCGGUAAUAUGUCUGAUAUACAAAUCCUGGCAAGUGAUGAUUUCAAAUGGAAUCAAGAUUUUAAUCAUUUCUCUGAGAUGAAAUCAGAUCAAAAUGAUUUUUUUCUCAGUGACCAAGACUCUGGAGACAUAGUAAAAGAACAAAAGAAACAUGACUGGGAUCAGUGGCAGUUUCUUGACCAAGAAAAACAGGCAGAUAGAGGUUCACAAAGUACAAAUUCUGCAAACAAUGUAGAUCUGUUUGGUUUCCAACAUUGCAGCACAGGUGAAGCACUUGGAUCUGACUCAGACAACUUCAACCCCUUUCAAAAUGAUGACUGGUUUACAUUUGAAGACCCCUUCGUGACAUCAAAAGAUUAUCCCAGUGAUUUAGAUUCCUUCAUACCUGAAAAACAGCUUGAAAUCAGAGCACCUCUAGUUCAUCCAGGUAAUAGUCAAAUUGCCUGCCAACAACUACCUGAAGAUACUGUGAGGUGUACUCAGGCAGGACAAGAAAAGGACAGUACAGAAAUGUCAGAUAGCUUCAGUCCUGAAAGAAAACUCAUUUCAAAAUCAGAUCCUGAAAUACUGGGCCCAUCUGACAGAGAACUGUCAGAUAAAUCCAGUACUUAUUUAACCAAUGCUUUCUUCAAAGCUGCAGGAUCUGAAUCUGAUGUGACUGAUCUUCAUAUUGAGGUUCCUACUGAUCAACACAAGAAUCCACAAUCUGUAGAAGAGCAUCAUUUGUCUGAUUUGGAAGAAAUUAAAAGAUUGUAUUAUUCUUCUGAAAUAAGUUUGCAACACCCCUCAAAUUUGCAGUUUGAUCAAGAGACAUCAAUAUAUGAGCAUAAGCUGAAUGCAUUCAAAUCAAAUAUCGUGAGUCAAUCUGAAAAAGAAAAUUUUCCAGAUACACAGGACCUUGAAACAAUCAUGCCACAGUCAGAUAUGAAUUUUUUUUUAACAAUUCCACCUGCUUUUCCAGGAGAUCAUAGCAUUCCUGAUAUGUCAGUAAACCGUUACUUGGAAAGUUAUAGUCUGACAGGUGAUGAUUUUGAAACCAAAUUUAGUGAUGAUGAUACAUUUUCCCAUGGCAGCUGGGUUGCCAUUGAUGAACCAUUCCAAUCUAGAUGUGCAGAUGUACUUCCCGGUGAUCACCUUACCAGCAAUGAUGUAGAGUCCCGUGAAGGGUCAAGUGGCCCUAAAACUGAAGCCACUGUUUUAAAGGAAAUUCCUUCUAAGGCUAAUAGCAGCUUACUAAUAAUGCAAAGUGGAGACAUCAAUACAAUUCAAGGAAAUGUUCAUUUUUCAACAAAACAUGUUGCUAAUCAAGAUGAAGACAAGUCAGGUGAAAUUCUUUCAGAAGAAAUAAACUGGUCACCUUCAGGUACUGUUAAUUUAUUUCAGGAAGAUGCUUUUAGUGAAAGGUCUUCCACUGAAAUAACCACAACGCAAGAUCUCUAUGCUUCUGACAUUAAAGAAAGCGCAGUUAGUGAGGGGAUACCGGCAGCAGGCUUUUCUAUGGACUUUAAUAUUCUUAAGGAAAGCCAUAUUUCCUCAUUAAAUGAAACAAAGUCUCCCAAGCAUAUACCACAUUUAACACUUGAAGCAGAUGAAAUAACAUCUACUAGCUACACAAGCACAAAAUCAUUGCAAGAAGGCAAAAGCAAAUCCAAAAUGAGUUUAUUGACUGGGAGUUAUUUUAUUAAAAAGAAAAAGGCCUUUGAUGGCUUUUCUAGCACUUUUCAUUCAGGGACAAAUGUUACAUCUACCAAUAUUCCUACAUCACUAAGUGCCUCUUUAGUAAAACAAAUGAUACAACCUAGUAAUGCAGUGGAGUUUGAGCAGCAAAGUAAUCAGUCUUUUCUAAACCAAAGUGUCUCAGCUCAUACUGUAAAAGAUCAUAUGAACUUGCUUUCAGAAUCUCACAGUCUUAAAGUGUCUAUAAAUGAUCGAUCUGAACUUUCAAUAUCCACGGCAAUAGAAGGAACCAGUUAUGAAGACAUCAGCAGUGCUUGAACAAACCACAUCACAGAGAUUUAAAAUAAUAAGCAUAACUUACAGCACGAACUAUAAACAAAGGGCAGGCCUUUUCAUGCAGCGGAAGACAAUAAUCAGCUCAUUUUGCAAAAAUUGUUUAGUUUUGAAAGUCCUGGAAUUUGGAUAACAGACUAUAAUGCUUACUCUAAGGAGAACCAAUUCUCCUGUUGGAUAUGGAGACGAGAACAGUACCACGUGACAAACUAUUGAUGAGAAGAAUCUCUGUAAAUAGCAUUAGUGUCACAUCUGUGCAUUCAUACGUGAUCAUGUGAAUGAAUAAAUAGCUGUAUGUGCUCUUUCUCAAGGGCAAAGACAGCGGAGAUUUAGAUUGGAAUAUCUGGCACAGAACAAAAUUUGUGUGCCUGGUUUCUAAGACUCACAGAGCUAAUAAAUCAGGACAUCCACUAAUGUCUAGAUUUCCAUUUUUCCUGGACAUUUUCCACUCACUUUUGCACUGAUAGCUUUUCAAUCUAUUGUUUGGAAAAUGGUACAGUUAUUUCUUUCACUUUAUCAUCAGUAAUCCUGGUUUCAUUUCACAUUGCUUAUAUUAGCCCAUAGUAAUUUGAAUGUAUCCAUAACAUUUAUUGCAUUUUUGGUCUAAUGCAAUGUAUCCAUAACAUUUUUUGAAUGUAUCCAUAACAUUUAUUACAUUUUUGGUCUAAUGCAAUGUCUGCUUCAUAAACUUUAUUUUAAUGUGCAAUGCAGUUUGUUUUUCAGAUCUCUUUUGCUUUUCUGUUUUACUCACUCUCAAUCUUUGUUUCACAGUCACUUUCUUUCUUUUGUAUGCUUAAUAUUCCUAAUUUAUAGUGCUUCCUUAGUCAUUUACUUGAUUUUGUCAUGGGAGACAUCUAAAAACAUGAUACAUUUUUUAAUGGUGCAGUUGCUAUGCUGGCUUUCUGUCUCCAUAAUGUUGCUUGAUCUCAGUGUGUC